UCGACUCGGUAACGGCUGUCUGUCGGCCUUUAAAACUCCGUCAAUUCACGAAGAUUUUUCGAGGAAAUUUCCAAAGCCUGGGAACAAGGGCAACGAAAGGCAUCUGCAACUUCGAAAUUUCAAAACAAUUACUACUUUCGUGAAGAAUCCUUCAAAAACUACCAGCUAUGUCCAGCUUGUCUUGAACGGCUAGAUGGCGACGCGCAGUUUCCUAUCCAUUUCUGCAUUUAAUUCGCGCUCCACGAUUCUCAAGGCGUCGGUGAUGAAAUCUAUAAUACCUCCUCCAUCUCCCUGCAAUCCAUGCUCUACUUCUCUCUCAGAAUUCAAGAGAAUUAUAAGGUGAAAUACAAUGGAGGAAUUUCAGGAUUUCCUUCCAAUUAUGGCGGACAAAUUGGGGGAACCCGAUUUUAUGGAGGAACUGUGUAAAGGGUUUCGUCUACUGGCAGAUCCACAACAAGGUUUGAUCACCGUCGAAAGUCUGAGGAAAAAUUCGGCUAUUUUAGGUGUGGACUCUUCUACAGAUUCAGAAAUAGAAGCGAUGGUGCAGGAAGCGGAUUUAGAUGGCGACGGAGCUCUGAAUGAGCACGAAUUUUGCGUUCUGAUGGUUCGACUCAGCCCUUCUUUCAUGGCGGAGGCUGAAAAUUGGCUACAGGAAUCCCUGCUCCAUGAAUUGGAAGAAACGUUGAAGGAUUGUAAAGCUUAAAAUUCAGAAAAAAUAUUAUUUGCAUAUUUUCUUUUUUCACAGAUCUUUGUCUGCCUCUCAUCCCCUUUUUACUGGUAUGUGAAUGGCAAUUUCUGCAUCAAAGCUGCAUCAAAAUUGGCUACAGGAAGCCCUACUCCAUGAAUUGGAAGAAACGUUGAAUGACUGUAAAGCUUAAAAUUUAUAAAAAAAUAUUUAUUUGCAUCAUUUUUUUAA